CACCGUUGCCGUCAGCGUCACUGAAUUGAAAGCCCUGAAAAUUAUCGAAAUAUUUGUUUUGUGCAAUAUUAUUUCAAUCUGUCUGAUCUUGAGUCACUCUUUAAUUUAACAAGAUAGGUAAUAUUAUUCUUGAUUGAAAGUGGCUUUGUGCUCACAUAUCGUUAUGCUAUAAUAAAGUUGAAAGGUCAGCAUGGAUAAUAUUAGAACAUGGACCGCUGAAGACGAAGCUAUCAUUGGAACUAACACGGAUGCCACCGAGUGCAAGAGGUGUGCAGUGGAGUUUGGCUAUUGGAAGGAUGACUAUAUAACCUACUUUGUGAAGCAUGUGGACAGGAAGGCGCCGGAAAUCAACCGUGGCUAUUAUGCGAGGGUGCGAGCUAUAGAGAUGUUUAUUCAUCAGUUCUUAGAGCGAUGCGGCACUAAAUGCCAGAUCAUUAAUUUGGGUUGUGGUUUUGAUACACUGUUUUGGAGGUUAAAGGAUACCACACAGGCCGUGGGCAACUUUAUAGAAUUAGACUUUCCAGCUGUCACAGCAAAGAAAUCACACAUAAUAAAAAGGAAUAAACAGUUGCUGCAGAAGAUAGCUAAUGAAGACGGGGAGGUGAUGAUCCACGACGGGGACCUGCACUCGGACGGGUACCACCUGGCGGGCUGCGACCUGCGCUGCCUGGGCGAGGUGCGCCGCAAGCUGGCGGCGGCGGGCGCGCUGGCGGCCGCGCCCACGCUGCUGCUGGCCGAGUGCGUGCUCGUGUACCUGCGCCCCGACGCCGCCGACGCGCUUCUACGGUAUUUUGCCGGGGAGUUCGAGCGAUGCACUCUGGUGGUGUACGAGCAGUGCAACCUGGGCGACAAGUUCGGGGAGAUAAUGUUGCGGAACCUGAGCGCGCGCGGCUGCUUGUUGGCGGGGUCGCGGCAGUGCGGCGCGCCGGCGGAGGCCGCGGAGCGCAUGCGCGCGCUCGGCUUCGACUGCGCCAAGAGCUGGGACAUGGCGGCCGUGUGGGCGGCGCUGCCUGAGGACGACCGCGCGCGCGCGGAGGCGCUGGAGAUGCUGGACGAGCGCGAGCUGCUGCAGCAGCUGCACUCGCACUAUGCGCUCACGGUAGCCACGCGCGGCGAUAUCUUCGCCGAUAUCGACCUCAAUGCGUGAACUGUACGAUAUUACCUUACUCUCGUUUGCAAUAUCUGUAAUUACGUAUUGGUUUAUCGUUGUCUGAGGAAUUUCUCAUUUUCAUUGUGAUGUAACAAAUAUUUACUUUAAAACAGACUUUAUAGUGAGUUCCUUCCGGAGAGUCAAAAAUG